UCCCGCAAGUGGAGGCGAGGACAGCAGGGUCGGGUGUUGGGAAUGGAGAAGGUGGAGCACCAGGGCUGCUCCCCUAAAUCUCGGAUCUGAUGUCGACGCCCUCCCCCCACAUAGUCCGGGCGGGCCGCCUUCGGAGUGGGUGGGUCUGGGGAGCCGGAGACGCUUUCGUUUUCCCUUUACUGUAAACUGCUCACUUCAGGCCAGCGCCCGCGGGCUCGGCGGGUUCCCGGGACUUUCCGAAGCCCCGACCCGGCUCGCCCUGCUCCCUCCCCGGCGCGGUCCGGGGACCCGCCCUGCUACGACUCCAACUGCGUCCAGAGACUAGACUCCGUCCUGGCGAGGACGGCGAGAGUCCCAGGACCUGGGCCGGCCUCGAACCGCGCGCGCCCAUGGCCUGCUCGGAGUCCCCCGCUCCCUGCGGGUGUCUCCGCCUCUCCCGAGCCUCCCUCGCGUGCCUGGGGACAGCGCUGCUGCUCCUCGCCGACUGGAUGCUGCUCCGGCUGGCGCUGCCUCGAAUAGCCUCCCUGCUGGUACCCCCUGCGCUGCCGCUGCUCAGUGUCUGGGUGGCGGGCCUGAGCCGCUGGGCGGUACUGUGGCUGGGAGCCCGAGGCGUCCUCGGGGCAGCGCUGGGCUUCCGGAGAGAAAGCGCAGGAGUCCGGGGAUGGCUGGCUGCUUUGGAGCCGCUGGCGGCGGCGCUGGGCUUGGCUCUGCCGGGACUUGCCUCGUUCCGAGAGCUGCGCUCGUGGGGAGCCCCCGGGGACGCUCACAGCACCCGGCCACUGCACUGGGGGAGUCGCCUGGACGCCUUUGCGCUCAGCUACACGGCGGCACUGCCCGCGGCCGCCCUGUGGCAUAAGAUCAGGAGCCUUUGGGUGCAAGGAGCUCACGGCGCUUCUGGAGUGGCGGUGAGACGGCUUCUAGGCUUCCUGGGCCCAGAGAUACAACGCCUGCCGCUCCUUCUGGCCCUGGUGGUACUCUCCUGUCUUGGGGAGAUGGCUGUUCCAUUCUUCACGGGCCGUUUCACGGACUGGAUUCUACAAGACAGGACAGGCGCUGCCUUUGCGCGAAACAUAACUCUCAUGUCUGUCCUCACCAUAGCCAGUGCAGUGCUGGAGUUCACGGCUGAUGGAAUCUACAACAGCACCAUGGGCCGUGUGCACUGCCACCUGCAGGGAGAGGUGUUUCGGGCUGUCCUGUGCCAGAAAACAGAGUUUUUUCAAAAGAACCAAACAGGUGCCAUCACAUCUCGGGUCACAGAGGACACGUCCACCGUGAGUGAGUCUCUGAGUUCGGACCUGAGCCUCUUUCUGUGGUACCUCUGCCGUGGACUGUGUCUCUUGGGGCUCAUGCUCUGGGGGUCCCCGUCCCUCACCAUGGUCACCCUGCUCGCCCUGCCACUACUUUUCCUUCUGCCUGAGAAGCUGGGAAAAUGGCACGAGGUGCUGGCAGCACAGGUGCAGGAAUCUCUGGCAAAAUCCAGCCAGGUGGCCAUUGAGGUGCUGUCAGCCAUGCCUACAGUCCGGAGCUUUGCCAACGAAGAGGGUGAGGCCCAGAAGUUCAGGCAAAAGCUGCAUGAAAUGAAGACACUUAACCAGAAGGAGGCCCUGGCCUACGCGGUCAACCUCUGGACCACCCGUAUCUCAGGAUUGCUGCUGAAGGUGGGAAUCCUGUAUUUUGGUGGGCAGCUGGUGACAAGUGGGUCUGUAAGCAGUGGGCACCUGGUCGCCUUUGUUCUUUACCAGAACCAGUUCACCACAGCUGUUGAGGUACUGCUGUCCACCUAUCCCAGGCUACAGAAGGCUGUGGGCUCUUCAGAGAAAAUAUUUGAAUACCUGGACCAGAUCCCUCACUGCCCAGCCAGUGGUGUGUUCACUUCCUUAAAGUUGCAGGGCCUCGUCCAGUUCCAGGGUGUCUCCUUCGCCUACCCAAACCGUCUAGAUGUCCCAGUGCUGCAGGGGCUGACGUUCACCCUUCGUCCUGGUGAGGUGACGGCGCUGGUGGGGCCCAAUGGGUCUGGGAAGAGCACAGUGGCUGCCCUGCUGCAAAAUCUGUACCAGCCCACCGAGGGGCAGGUGCUCCUGGACGGGGAGCCCCUUCCCAAAUAUGAGCACUGCUACCUGCACAGACAGGUGGCUGCUGUGGGACAAGAGCCACAGCUAUUUGGAAGAAGCUUUAAAGAAAAUAUUGCCUAUGGCCUGGUCCAGAAGCCAACCAUGGAGGACAUCACAGCUGCUGCAGUGGAGUCCGGAGCCCACGGGUUCAUCUCUGUACUCCCUCAAGGCUACGACACAGAAGUAGGUGAGGCUGGGGGCCAGCUGUCAGGGGGUCAGCGACAGAGAGUGGCCUUGGCUCGAGCCUUGAUCCGGAAACCGUGUGUACUCAUCCUGGAUGACGUUACCAGUGCCCUGGAUAUAAACAGCCAGUCCUGUGUGGAGGAGCUCCUGUAUAAAAGCCCUGAGCGGUGCUCUCGGUCUGUGCUUCUCAUCACCCAGCGCCUCAGCUUGGUGAAGCAGGCUCACCACAUCCUCUUUCUGGAAGGAGGCACCAUCAUUGAGGCGGGAACCCACCAGCAGCUCAUGGCGAAUAAGGGACGCUAUUGCACCAUGGUUCAGGCUCCUGGUGGGUCAGGUGCUCCAGAAUGAAAGACUCCUCAGAUCUGCACACUCCAUCUCCUUCCCUUUUUCCCUCCUCUCUAUAGUGGAGAGUUUGAGAACAAAGGUCUUACCAGAGUUGCAGAGUGGGCAGCUGCUACUGGGAGGGGUGACAUUCUAAAACGUAACCCCUGAGGUGAUGCCUGAAAUUUUGCCAUGAGUGUUAACUGCUCUCCAAGCUCCUCUUGGUUAUACAGAUUUCCUGGAAAAAAACAGGCUUCAGAACUUCUUAGUGUAACUGGGUUUGGAGCCAGGGUUGGUGUGGCUAGCAUGAGAAAUAUUUAGAAUACACAGAAAUGGAAGGUCAGCUCCUUUUCAACCUGACCCGAGGCAUAUGCUGGCCCAUAAAUACCCUCUGGUUUCUUGAUAUUUAUAAUAAAAUUGGUGUCUUGUA